CUGAGGCACUGCAAUCUUGAUAUCCGACCCUCCUCAUAUUCAUAUUGCUGAUAAGGUUCUGAUGACUUUGCGGGUUUGCGACAGCUAUUGCUGACAUUGACACAUCAGAUCUGAUCCAGCAUGCCCUUGGAUAAAUACUAAACUUGGCACAUUUGUGCUUCCGGUCAUUACGUCCCGUCGGGUUAAGGUGGUAAGCCAGCGGAUCUCAUGCUGCGGGGUGAGCGCAGCCUCGUCUUCUGCAUCGUGUGUUUGGUCCGGAUGAUUUCGAUACACUCGACAGACACGCUCGCCUUUGAAUUCGUUGUGACUCAUCUACGAGAAGAAGGAAGUUUUUACUAGAGUUUGGUUUAUCUGAACUCUGAUCUAACAAAGUAGCUUCUUGACUAAGACAUUUGUCGUUUACUAAGGAACCGCCUCAUGUCAAGUCUUCCGCCAUUGAACCAAUAUUCCGGGAAGAAGAACUCGCAUAUAGCCGUUGCAGAAAGAUUCAUGCGCAUGUGUGCGAGCCUGGACGCAAUCAGGCCUGUUUAUAGCCGUGCCAUACCGUACAAACAGUCAGCACAAAUUAUCCUCCCACUGUUGAUGGUGAGGACUAUUUAGUCACACAUUUAAGGCACUGGCUGAGGUACGAAAGGAAUAUGAAGUCUAGUAUCUUCACUGCUAGAACACGUUCCGGAGCGUCGCAUGACCUAUGUAGGUUGGCAUGUGCUGAUCGUCGAAAGCAGCUCCCAUCUCCGUUACGUAUCGCACUUGAUGCACUUCCUGAUGGAUCAUGGAAGGCAGAUAAAGUAACUGUCACAUGGAUUGUCUGCUGGCUUUCGAAUAUCCGGCCACCCGUAGGAGACCCAGGCUGGCAGAUGUUUGAGUGCUCCCAUCUCUGUCUAUGUUUUGAUGGAAGAAUCAAUCACAGGGACAACCGGAUCUUUUGCGUGUCACCUCAAUGCCUUGUAUGGGAAAGCAAGGCUGUGAACCAGAGUCGGGGUAAUGAUUUCUGUUUGCGACCAUGCCUCCAGAGUGGGUGUGCAAAGUCUCUCUGCACAUGUCAACAGAUUCAUGAUCCUCCAUGCCGGUGAUGUGAAAUCAGAAGUUUCAACAUGCUGCGGAGCUUUACUUUUGUGCACAUUAUCAUCCAGCACCUCUUGCCAACCUAACCCAGUGAAGUCAGAGUUGCGGAACAUGGAUGCUGAUCGUUGCCGUCUUAUCCACUCCCCACUGUCACAGGAGGCAGCCCUCGAGAUGCUCAGAGUGGUGCAUGAUGGCAACCGACGCUUCCGAAUAUGAAAGCUUUUCAGACUUAUCGAAUACAAUCCGGAGAGAAAUAGCAGUAAUGCUCCUUCGACUAUCGGACAUAUGAUAUCGACAGUUUCGAACAUAACAAGCCGGAACCUUAUGGGUUACUGUACUGACCGUCCACCUGGGACCGUCCGAGCCGCGAACUGACGAAUGGCCCCAUUUGAUAGCUAUAGGAUGAACCCCGUUAGGGUCACUAAUCCUGUUACCAAUUGGCUGAUCGUCUUCAACAAUGGCAGAGCAGACCAUUUAAGGAAAAGAGCAGCCUCGAAUUGGGUAGAUAGACAAGGCGGUAAAUACUGAACUCUGUCAACGAUGUCGAUAUUUCCACCAAGAUUCCAAUAGUUUCGUGUUGUCAUUGAACCUGACGUCUGCUAACCUACAAAUGAAUAGAAGAGCGCUUUAAAAAGACGGUACAAGUCCAUUAUAAUGUUCCUCAACUUACCUGGUUCUGUUGAUAACAACUGAACUUGUGACGCCUCUUGAGACGACAGUGCUUUGGAUGCAUUUGUUUGAAUCCUUGGGUGAGGGAAGCGUCCACCAAGCUGGAGAUUAG